AUGAGUGAUGAACCCAAAAUAUUUCAGUGGGUAUACCACGAGCUAACAGAGGAAGCAGAGAUUUUAGCCGUCCUUGCGAUCGCAGCUGCAGCACAAGCUGGUGUUCUGGACUACAGUCAUGGACAGGCCAGUUCAUACGCUUCUUCAAAUUUAGGUGGUGUAGGAAUAGGACAUGGUUAUCAAGCUCCUUCUUUGGCUCAUGGAUAUUCUGCUCCGGUACUCUCAUACGGACAGUCUGGACAUCAUAACGAAGAUUAUGAUGCCCAUCCAAAAUACGAAUUCAACUAUGGAGUCAAAGACGAACACACCGGAGACCAUAAAUCUCAGCAAGAAGUUAGAGAUGGUGACGUAGUCAAAGGCUCCUACACAGUAGCCGAACCUGACGGUACCAUCCGUACUGUCCAUUAUUCCGCUGACGACCACAAUGGUUUCAACGCUGUCGUUGAAAAAUCUGGUCACCCCUGGGAAGCCAAAGGAAUCAAUGUCGAUGGCGAAACGCUCUUACACCUACGAUUUGAGGAUGAUAUUGUUCUGAUAACAGAUGACUUAAAAGAUAUUGGAACUAUGCUUACUAAGUUAGAUGCUGCCUGUAAAGAAGCUACAGCAGCCAGACUUAGAGUAGCUCAAGGACGAAUAAAAUGCUCGCUACUUGGACUGACUCUCAUAGACAAAGAUAAAAACGAAGAAAUAAGAAGAAGGCACGCGUCGCAGAUGACUUAG